ACCCGAGGGAGUGAAGAGUCGAGGAAGCUUGCGAUGGUAGCCAUAUUGUGUCGAUUGUGUCAAUAAAAAUAAAAGUGGUUUUUCUCGAUUUUACGGUGUGUAUGGUGAGGCUUCAGGCCUAUAAGUAUGAGAAAAAACUCCAGUAGACACUCCUCAUAGCAAUGGCAGCGUCGAGAAAAUUACAAGGUGAAAUUGAUCGGUGCCUGAAAAAGGUCGCUGAGGGCGUGGAACAAUUUGAGGACAUCUGGCAAAAAGUCCAUAAUGCCUCCAACAGUAACCAAAAGGAAAAAUAUGAAGCGGACCUUAAGAAGGAGAUUAAGAAGCUUCAGAGAUUACGAGACCAAAUCAAGUCCUGGUUGGCCUCGGGGGAAAUCAAGGACAAGUCUCAGCUCCUUGAAAAUCGGAAGUUGAUAGAGACUCAAAUGGAAAGAUUUAAAGUUGUAGAAAGAGAAACAAAGACCAAAGCAUAUAGUAAGGAAGGCCUUGGGGCAGCACAAAACAAGGAUCCAGCCCAGCGGGAGAGAGAAGACCUAAAUAAUUGGCUCAGUUCCUCUAUAGACACGCUAAAUAUUCAGAUGGACCAAUUUGAGUCAGAAAUUGAAUCUUUAUUGGCAACGCAAAAGAAGAAGAAAAUGGACAAAGAGAAGUCGGAUCGAAUAGAAGAUCUCAAGGAAUAUAUA